CAAAAAUGGCUGCGCCCAUGCUGAGAGGUCGUAUGAAAUUUUUUACGAAACGUAUUUUGACUGUGAUAAGAAGAAAUGAGAGAUUGAUAAGACUGUCUUCAGGAACAACUUACCGAAACAUUCUUGACCUUCACGACAGAGGAUUGUUUCACAAAAUAUUUCCUGAGGGCAGCACUGCUGAGCUGACAAGACGCCUGUCGAGUCCGCAGUGUAUGUACUGUGGGUUUGACCCGACAGCCGACAGUCUCCACGUGGGUAAUCUCCUGGCUAUUGUUUCUCUCCUGCACUGUCAGCGAGCCGGACACAAUGCCAUUGCUCUGGUUGGGGGAGCUACAGCACAGAUUGGUGAUCCGAGUGGGAAGACGAAAGAUCGAGAAAGGAUUAAACAGUCACAAGUUGAAGAAAAUGUCGUCAAGAUAACAGAAAAUAUCAGCCGAGUUGUUACCAAUCAUGACACUUUUAUCUGGAAUGAUAAAAAGCAAUUACCACCAUUUAGGAUAUUGAACAACAUGGAAUGGUACAAGGACAGGAAUAUCAUAGAAUUCUUGUCUUCUGUUGGAAGGAAUUUCAGAAUGGGACCAAUGCUAGCAAAACACAGUGUGCAAAGUCGACUGAAGAGUUCUGAUGGCAUGAGUUUCACCGAGUUCACUUAUCAGAUCUUCCAGUCGUACGAUUGGCUACAUCUGCACGACAGAUAUAACUGUUCUGUGCAGAUUGGUGGUAAUGACCAGCUUGGUAACAUUUCAGCUGGGUAUGAACUGGUGACCAGGAUGACUAACCAACCUGUGUUUGGGAUAACAGUCCCACUAAUAACGACAACAACAGGAGAUAAGCUUGGUAAGACAGCUGGGAACGCUGUGUGGCUCGACUCCACCAAAUCGUCUCCAUAUGAACUUUAUCAGUAUUUCAUCAAUUUGCCUGAUUCUGACGCAGAAAUGUAUUUGAAUCUUUUUACAUUUCUUUCUGAACGAGAAAUAAAAGAUGUCCUUGAAAAACAAAAGAAAAAUCCAGAGAAAAGACCAGCCCAGAUGAAGAUUGCAGAACAGGUUUUACUUCUUGUUCAUGGUGAAGAGGGCCUUUCCCAGGCCAGACGGUGGACAGAAGCAUUGUUUGGGAAAACAUCCUCCAGUCUAGAAAAGCUGAAUGAACAUGAACUGCUCCAGCUGUUUCACAAUGCGACAUCGUGCAAGAUGAUGUUUGAACCAGGAACUACAGUUCUGGAAAUGUGUAUGAAGGCUGGGUGUUUCCCACGUGAAGUUGAUGCGGAGAGGAUUAUUCAGGCGGGUGGUCUGUACAUCAACCACCAGCGACACAAUCAGCCACAGUAUGUGAUAGUUCCCGAUGAACAUAUUUUAUCAAACGGAAUCACCCUGAUUAGAGUGGGAAAAAAGAAUUAUUAUGUUGUGAAGUGGAUGAGCUGACCCCUGUGAAUGUGUUUAUAUAAAUGUGACAGUCUACAGUGCAGUAUACCAUGAAAAAAUAUAACUGAUGUACAGGCAAGCAGAUAUCUUGCAAAAAAUAAAGACCCCAUAUACUGAAAGCAUAUUACCCGGUAACUGCAUUGAGUUUUCAGCAACACAUUGUGCAGGUACAGGAUGUACUUUAUAGCAGAGGUGCACAACCAAGUAAUAUUUGUAAACAUUUUGAAAAAUGCAUUUUUAAACACAUUAACUUCUUCAGAACUAACAAUAUUAUAACAAAAUUUCAAUCUGGGUUUAUUCCAGGUGAUUCAACAGUUAACCAGCUUCUGGAUUUGUAUCACUUUAUUUGUCAAUCUAUGGAUGAAGGAAAGGAAGUUAGAGCAGUAUUUUGUGAUAUAAGUAAAGCUUUUGAUAGAGUUUGGCACACGGGUUUAAUUCACAAAUUGGAAAAUGUUGGUAUAAAAGGAAAAUUAUUAGCAUGGUUUGAAAGUUAUCUAUUCCAUCGGGAACAGUGUGUAGUAUUGCAUAACCAUUUUUCUCAUAUCAAUACUGUCCCUGCAGGUGUCCCCCAAGGUUCCGUCCUUGGUCCUAUUCUGUUUUUGAUAUAUAUAAAUGAUAUUGUAAGUGAUAUCACUUCAAAUAUACAACUGUUUGCUGAUGAUACUUCGCUAUAUAUAACUGUUGAAAAUCCUAAUGCAUGUUAUAAACAUUUUAAAAACAGACUUAGAGUGUCUUAAUAUAUGGGCAAAAAAAUGGUUAGUAAAAUUUAGUCCUAAUAAAACUGAAACAAUGACUUUUAGUCGUAAAAAUGUAAACAUAGAUAAUCCUAGGUUAUUCUUAGACAGUGUUCAUAUAUUUGAGGUUGAUGGGUUUAACGUUUCAAAAAUCUGGAGAAUGGGACUGUCAUAUAAAAGAUAUUGUGGAUAAGGCCAGUAAAAUUAUAAAUUGUCUUCGUUCAUUCAAAUUCAGAUUAUCUGGAAAGGCAUUAGAAAAAAUAUAUAGAUUCUUUAUUCUUCCCAUAUUUGACUAUGCAGAUAUAAUUUGGGACAACUGUACUAUAUAUCAGGCAAACACCCUUGAAAAUCUCCAAUUAGAUGCUCUUCGUACAAUUUGUGGUGCUGUAAGAGGAACAUCUCACCAAUUGUUAUAUAGAGAAACCGGUUUCAUACCUUUACUAGAAAGAAGGAAGCGACAUAAACUCUGUAUGAUAUAUAAACUUUCAAAUAACAUGUUACCAACUUUUUUAACCUUACAACUACCUCGCUCUGCUGCAGAACGUAAUGAAUACUACAUGCGUAAUGCGGAGAAUCUACAAACAUAUUUUUGUCGAACAAAUGUGUUUUUUUUUUCGAACUCCUUCUUUCCUUCAGCAGUAAAAUUAUGGAAUAAUCUUUUGCCUGAAAUUAGAAAUUCUUCUUCAUUAAAAUUGUUUAAAAUACAAAUGAACAAACACGACCCUGCUGUUCCAUCUUAUUUUUAUGAAGGUGAUAGAUGGCAACAGAUCCUACAUAGCUGACUCCGUUUGGGUACCAGUGAUUUGAAUGGUCAUAAAUUUGUACGACAUGUGACAGAUACCCCUUCUUGUAUUUGUGGCCAUCCAGUUGAAGAUGCAGAACAUUUUCUAUGUUUUUGCCCAAUAUAUGUUGCAGCUCGCAAUACCCAUUUACUGAACUAUUAUAAUCUCAAGUGUCAUACUUUGCUAUUUGGAGAUUCAAAUUUAAGUGUCCAAGAAAAUAUCUCUAUAUUUAAAUCUGUUCAGAAUUUUCUUAUUAAUAGUAAGCGUUUCGAGAUCAUUUAACCAUUCUAAUUGUUUGCUAUUUAUUCUUUGUUUCUUCUACACACUCCUCUCUUCUAUUCCCCCAACUAUCCGUGUUAUCUUUAUUGUAAUAUUGUUCUAGCCAUCUUGAUGUAUAACAUGUAUAUUUGUUAAAUGUAGGGAGAGGCCUUAAUAUAGGCACUUGCCUGUUGGCCAAUCCCAAAUUUGACUUGCUAAUAAAUAUUGUUUAAACCAACCUUGUUAUGGAGCAUAAAGGCCAUCAUAGAUCAUAACCUCAUUUGGAAAUCAUUGGUGUAAUUUGAUUAAUUUAAUAAAAUGCCAAAAACUAAUGUUAUAAAAAGAUAUGUCAAUUUAAAAAAAAAAAAAUUUAAAUGAACUUUCAGUCAAAUUGUAAUUGAGGUUGGGGAGUGUUAAUUAGGCUUAUCACCAGGGGUGUUAUUUGUAGGGGGUGAGGUUGGUAAUCUUUAGGUCUUUUUUUCUUUUCUUUUUUUUGCAGUUUCUUUCUUUGAAAACAUUAAAUUUUAGCCAUAAAGUUUAUUAGUUCCAUACAAGAAUGAACC